GAAUGAACAAAGGAACAUGUCCAUUGUUGCCAACGCCACUAUGCAUCCUGAAAGAGCAGUCCCAUCAGGCCCGGGAGGCGUGUCAUUCCCCGGCGUGUCGUCCCUCAACUUCCCACCCCUCACUCAGUUGUGCGCGAAUAGCCCGUCUUCAUUGUCACUUGUUCGCGGCAGCAAUGGUCUGGCUUAUCUAUUCUAUCAUCUUCUUCUAUCUAAUCCGGUGGAUACGAUCGCUAAGGGUUGAUCCCGGGAAUCCCCCGGGGCGACUCGUCGAAUCAUUCGGACCCGAGCUUCUCAGGCAAUAUUUCGCAGGCUCUCUGGAACGGGGUCCUGCUGGUGAUCGCCCUCUUGACGAUUUUGGGCCUCCUGCCCGGCUUGCUAAAGAAGAAACUCCAACAGAGGCUGAGGUCACCUCCCCAGAGCCCACUUGUGAACCUUGCCUUCGACGUUGUGGCGUGUGUCAAGGCGAUCCGAUACACCAUUGCCAGACGGGGCCCUCGGGCGGAAGCCCUGCCUCAUGGAGAGUCGAAGAUGAGAAACUAAAGCACCAGCGAAAUCUCCGGGCUCUGGAGGCGCUUUUUCAACGCAAGCUGCGGCAGGCAGAGCUAACCGUGCAGUCCGUCUCGAAGCAGCUGAAGAAUACUACCGAACAGCUCCAAAAGGCGAAGGAAGGAGGUCAAGCAACCGCAUCCGGGUUGGCGCGUCCGGUGCUGGCAGCAAGAGCCCCUAAACCGCUGGCACGCGUCACUUUCGAGAAAUGGCAGCAGACCGACCUUUUGAAAGACUUUUUGCUUCUCGAUACAUCAGUUGGCGGUCUUGCUUUCGAGCUGAAUCGUCACAUCAGCCAGAGCAGUCUUCUUCAGUAUCGGAUUCACGAGUUGUCGGACUCGUGCUUUCUGAUUAAGGGCGCGCCGAAACAACUCUGGACAAAACAGAGACUGCUGCUGCUCCGAGGGGCAAUCUGGUCUAUCCUCCUCGGCACCAUCUUUUCCCACGAAUUUGCAGUGUUUGGGGACCGCGCGCGAGAUCUGGCACGAGAGUGGGCCAUUCCGGAUGUCGACCACCGUUCCUCGACAUGGCGAUCCUUGACCGCUGAGAUGUUGCUGGUCAGAGCUGGUAUCAUUCAGUGCGAUGCAAUUGGCCCCUCGAACCCGACGGCUAGUUUGAGAGAUUUGUUAGUCAAAAGGCAUAGCAUUCAAGACUCCGUAUCGGCCAUGUCGGGUGUGUUAAUCAAGGGCGCAUCCCUGAGGAACUCUGAAACUGGCGGACCAGAGUCUAUCCGGCGGGCAAAGGAUCUCUUCAAAGACUGCGAUCAACACGCGCGAGCCAGCCUCCAUCACGCGCAGGCAGGCUUCAUCCGAAGUCUAGAAUGGCUCACGAAGCGGUUCUCUGCGAGAAAGCAGCUGUCUUCUGAAGUGGAAAAAGUCCUCAUCAAUGCUCAAGUCCUCGCCCUCCAGCUGGCAGCGCAGAUACAUUGCUUCGAAUUCGUGAUCCCGACUGUAGACGAUAUGCUUGGAGAUGUUAAUCGCUGGGCAGAGGAACCCCUCCUCUCGAAAGCCAACUGCUGCUCAAAUAUACCCGACGGUCAUAUAGCCUUCACAGUCCGUCCGGGGCUGAAGAAGUUCGCAGACGCCGAUCUGAAGCAGAUGGCAAUCCUUCAUUCUGCCCAGGUCUUCAUUUUGGGUGAAUCAGUUGAAGACAGCCCAAGGAGUAGAGGUCCAGCAAGUGGGAGAACGGGACUACCCCAAAAGAACGAUAACAAUUUUCGCGAAGUAUUCAACCGACUCGCCGGAGAUAUCGAAGAGCUUGCGGCCGGCCUCGAAUACAACCAAGGCGACGGUAUUCCGCUAUCAUUACAGCCUUACACCUUAUCUCAAUCUGGCGACAAGGUACCAUGGGGCACCAUAACCAAGAACAUCUACUUUAUGCAGUCUGCUAUAUGGGCUAUCCUACUUGACACCGUUUUCAAGACUCCAUUAGCGGUCUUUGGAGACGCGGGGACCAUCCAUUACAACACUUGGACGAAGCUUUAUGCCGAUCCCGACCCCCAAGAUCCGGUGCCCCUUUCCCAGAAGAGCAACGAAUGGAGGCACUUCACCGCUCGACACCUAAUCGACUGCCUUGGAGGCGAAGUGGUCUUGAACUCCCCAUACGCCGUAGCCUCCGCCGACCAUAGUCUCCUCCAAAGUAUCCAGACGCUUAAAAACUUAGUCUUGAAUCGCAUCAAGACGCUCCUCUCCAAUAUCAGCUAUAAUCCAAAUCCUGCUGCAGUCCAAUGCAUCAUGGGCCGAGCCUUCCUCCUAGCUCUCAAGCUGUCGAUCCGCAAGGCCCAUCUCGGGAUCUGGUACCCUUCUCACGGCUCGGCAUACAUCCCGCACCGCGACGGCAAAGUGCCCUGGCUCGAAAUGCAUCGAAGCAUCUCGGCUGGCGGCGACAAUAUGCAGAUCGAGACACGCAUUGUUCCACCGUUGGGCUACAUCGAGAAAGCCAUACACAUCCAGCCCAGGAAGCCCACGCCUGAGGCUUCAUCGCACGGAGGCAGGCCGGAUAACGGCACGGAAGACUCAAAAGGUGGAGAUGUGGCGGGGAAAGCUUUGAACCAACCGAAGCAAGUACGGCUUCAGGGUGACCCCGAUGAUUGGUCGGGUGAUGCUUGGCCGAAGGAGGUCCUAGGGCAGGAAGAGUUGGUGCUGCUGGGCCCCGAAGAGGAAGAUGAGGUGUUGUAG